CCCACGAAUUAUCAAAUUAUUUUUCAAUAGAGGAAGAUCAAGUUUUAUCUUCCUCUCUGGCUCUCUCUAAUGGCGAAUUCAAUAGGGAGUAUUUUCAGAGAAAGAAAAUACCCAUUCAUAUACACAUCAAUAUUCUUACUCAUCUGUUUCUCAGUUCUUGUAAUUUCAAAUACUCGUAGUUUCGUUUCUUAUAUCCCUAAAAUCACCGAUCCUGAGAUCUCUUCUACUUCGGCGGCAGGAUCAUCUGAUGAUGUUAAAGACGAAGCUUCUGCAGAUGAAAUUGAUUGGAGAUUGUGUAAUGGAAGUGCGGCGACAGAUUAUAUACCAUGUUUAGAUAACAUGAAGGCGAUUAAAGGAUUGAAAUCAAGAAGACAUUUGGAACAUAGAGAGAGGCAUUGUCCCAAACCUAAUUCCAGAUGUUUGAUUCCGAUUCCGAAAGGUUAUAAGACGUCACUUUCUUGGCCGAAGAGUAGGGACAUGAUUUGGUAUGAUAAUGUGCCUCAUCCAAAACUUGUGGAAUACAAAAAGGAUCAGAAUUGGGUGCGGAAAUCCGGUGAUUAUCUUGUGUUCCCAGGAGGUGGCACACAGUUUAAAGAAGGAGUCAUGAACUAUAUUAACUUCAUAGAGAAGAGUUAUAAAGCCAUCAAAUGGGGCAGGCAUACAAGAGUUAUUCUAGACGUUGGGUGUGGUGUUGCUAGCUUUGGUGGAUACUUGCUGGACAAAAAUGUUAUUACUAUGUCAUUUGCCCCAAAGGAUGAACAUGAGGCUCAAAUACAAUUUGCGCUUGAGCGAGGAAUUCCAGCUACUCUGUCGGUCAUUGGGACACAAAUGCUUACUUUUCCAGAUAAUGCUUUCGAUUUAGUACACUGUGCACGAUGCAGGGUCCAUUGGGAUGCAGAUGGUGGGAAACCGUUAAUGGAGCUUAACAGGGUUCUUAGGCCAGGAGGGGUUUUCGUAUGGUCUGCAACACCAGUUUAUCGUCGUGACAAUGAGAGAGAUCGGAAUGAUUGGAAGGUCAUGGUAGCUUUGACCGAAUCCAUCUGCUGGAAGGCAGUUGCAAAAGCAGUAGAUUCAACAGGAAUUGGACUUGUAAUAUACCAAAAACCUGUCUCAAGCGUGUGCUAUGAAAAACGUAAAGUGAAUGAUCCUCCGUUGUGUCAUCAAAUGGAGAAACGAAAACCUUCCUGGUAUACACCCCUUGAAAGUUGUCUUCCCCAACUUCCAGCUGUCAACUCCGUUGGGGAGUACAAGUGGCCUUCCCCCUGGCCCCAAAGGCUGAGCAGUAGACCUGCUAGUCUGGAACCAAGUGCUGAGGAAAUAUUUUACGAAGACACUAAGCACUGGUCUGCACUUGUGUCGGAUGUAUACUUGGGUGGCCUUGCUAUCAACUGGUCGUCUAUUCGGAACGUAAUGGAUAUGAAUGCUGGUUAUGGAGGUUUUGCUGCAGCAUUGAUUAAUCAACCUCUGUGGGUGAUGAACAUUAUACCGAUCCAACAACCAGAUACCUUAUCUGCUAUUUAUGACCGCGGAUUAAUUGGAAUGUAUCAUGACUGGUGUGAGCCCUUAAGUACAUAUCCUCGCACUUAUGACCUACUGCAUUCCAGUUACCUAUUUGGAAAUCUAACAAAGAGGUGUGACAUUGUGGAUGUAGCGGUAGAGAUGGAUAGGAUUUUGAGACCAGGUGGUGUAAUUCUCGUCCAAGACACAUUAGAUAUGAUUAAUAAGCUAGGCCCUAUCUUUCGAUCUCUACACUGGGAAACCAAAUUAUACGAAGACCAAUUCUUUGUUGCGAGGAAAGGUUCUUGGAGACCCACAACUUAUGACGACGCGUAGAAGGUAAAACAAUGAGUUGAAUAAAAAAUGAUGCCAUCUCUCCCAAUUUUACAAAUGUUGAUCUUGAUUUUGUGUUUGGUUCAAAUGUCUGUAACAAGAGGGGAGAGACCUAAUUCCUUGUGUAUUAUCUUCAUCCACACAAGUAGAAUUCUCGAUAUUCUCAAUUCAUGGCAUUCAAGACUUGGGCUUGGGUUGGGCCUGGCAUUGUGGUUCACCCUUCAUUGAUGAACAUGUCUGCCACUAUUCUUACCUUA